CCUUUCAGUGUCACCCAUCAGUGCUACCAGUCAGUGCCACCUAUCAGUGCUGCCAGUCAGUGCCAUAUAUCAGUGCCAUCAGUGCCUCCUCAUCAGUGCCCAUCAAUGCCACCUAUCAGUGUCCAUCAGUGCCGCCUAUCAGUGCCCAUCACUGCAGCCUCAUUAGCGCACAUCAGUGAAGGAGAAAAAUCACUUAUUUACAAAAUUUUAUAACA